AGCCUUGGGGAUGGAGUUUCCUUCCACCCAGUCCUAUAUUUCCAUCCAGAAGUGAAGUUCUGAACACCAAGAGCAGACAUUCCAGUCCACCGCCAGCAUUUACCUAGAGGAAGAUUGUCCAAAGGUCAGGAGGGAAAGGUCUUAGGAAUUGUCAGUUUGGAGAGAGGAUCAGGAACCCUGGAGAGUCUGGAAAGCCAUUGUUGUUAUUCCUCCCUUCCCCCACGGAAGAACUUUACACACCUGAAUGCCGGGAGCUGGCGACUCCGGGGUAGAGAAUGGGCUGGUUUAAAAUGUGGCAGCAUCUUGCUAGCUAUCAACUGUUGAGAAAUCGCUAGUAAUUUACUAGGCUGCCCUCCCCUCUGGGCCAGAAGGCCUAAAGCAGGCAGAGUGCAGAUCUGGCCGGGAACUCCAGCUGGAUCUAACCCCAGGGCCAAAUCCCGGGCCCUCCCUCUCAGCCUGGUGGCUUUAUUGCCUAACUCUGAGUUAUCUGCAUACAAAUAGUAUCGAUAAGGUGAUGGGUGGUCCUUUGUCUUCUUCCUCCUGAGUCUAGGGAAGAGAAGCCAUUUACAAUCUGGCUGAGGCCAAAGCCAGAACUUUCUGGGGUAAGGUAGGGACUGCUCCAAGGCUUGAGGGUGAUUGAGACCAAGGUGGAAGAGGGCCUUGAGAAAGAGCAACUUUGAGGGAGUCUCCUGGGAGAGAAGAGAGGUACGGCAAAGGCUCCAGGGGAGGACAGGACCCAGCGGGGCCAGUGACACGGACUCAGGAGGUUGCAGACGUAUGUUCAACAGCAGCUGGGAAGGACGAGAAUCGGCCUUUGAAAGGAAGCCAAGGAGCCAGUGGUGACUUACUGACAAACGUCUUCGGGUUUGAUGCGAUUGGAAGCCAAAUUAAAGUCAAAGGAGGAGUGAGUGGGAGGGAGAGGACCGGACACAGGCUGUGCAAACAGCGCUUUAAAAAUGUGGCUUUGAAGGCCAGGCGGUAGGACAGGCCUGGAGGUGGAGCCAAGGAAACUUACCUUUCUUUUUCGGAGCAGCGAGACUUUAGAAGGGUGGGAGCUAACCUUAGGACUAGUGACUUGCAUGCUGAGCGCAGGGUCAGCCCACGGGGAGGUAGCCUGAGAUGUAGGUGGCUCCCGGCGAGACUCGGCUGCUGACCUAACCCAGGAGCAGUUCCCAGACCCAGCUUGUGCAAAAGAGGGAGCUAAGAGGCACACCGCAGGCACCAUGGUCCGCCUGUUGGCCUCCGAAGUACAGCAGCUACUCCACAACAAGUUUGUGGUCGUCCUUGGGGACUCUGUGCAUAGGGCGGUGUACAAGGACCUGGUGCUCCUGCUGCAGAAGGAUUGCCUGCUCACUAACAAGCAGCUCAGGACCAAGGGGGAGCUGAGCUUUGAGAAGGACCAGCUGAAGAUGGGAGGCGAGCUGGAUACCCUGCACAACCGCACGGACUACCGCGAGGUGCGCGAGUUCUGCUCUGACCACCAUCUGGUGCGCUUCUACUUCCUCACGCGGGUCUACUCUGAGUACAUGGAGAGCGUCCUAGAGGAGCUCCAGUCCGGCAAUCACGCCCCAGAUGUGAUCAUUAUGAACUCUUGCCUCUGGGACGUCUCCAGGUAUGGGCGGAAUUCCUUGAGUAGCUACAGGCAGAACCUGGAGAACUUGUUUGGGCGCAUGGACCAGGUGCUGCCCAAGUCGUGCCUGCUAGUGUGGAACACUGCUAUGCCUUUGGGUGACAAGAUCAAGGCGGCCUUCCUCCCACAGAAGUGUAAGGGCCAGUACCCCCGGAUCUCGGUAGCCACCCUGAAAAAGAAAGUGACCCAAGCCAAUUUCUAUAGCCAUGCGGAAGCCACAAAGCACUAUUUCGAUGUGCUGGACUUAAAUUUCCACUUCCGGCAAGCCAGAAAGCACCUGCAGGGAGAUGGCGUGCACUGGAAUGAGCAUGCGCACCGCAAGCUCUCCUACCUGCUGCUGGCCCACAUGGCCGAUGCAUGGGGUGUGGAAUUGCCCCAGCGAGACUCAUGGGAGCCUGGUUUUGAGGCGUGGGAAAGUUCAGGCCAGGUAGAGGAAAGGCAGCCCCAAGACAACCUAGGCCCUCAGGUGUUUGCCCCGUCUCCACAUUGUCCUUUUAGGCCACCUCCCCUUCUCCCAUCCCCUGGCUUGCCCAUAAGGCCCCCACCCCUACUAGGAUGUCCCCUGCCCCAGCCCCAGCACAUGCCCCCAUUCCCACUCUAUCCUCAAGUUUCCUAUUUUUCCUCAGACCCUGUUUUCCAGUCAGACGAAUUCUAUAUCCAUUCCGAUAGCCCCCCACCUACCCACACUGGAUAUGCCUUUGAGGGCGACUUUAGCUUUUAUCCCCAGCCACCUGUGCCCAACUUCCGCCCACCCUGUCAUCAGCGUCAGGCCCCGAUAGUACAUAGGGGCUUCCCAAGGCAUUUUGCUCGUGGCCCCUAUAAUAAUCCUUGGAGAGACAGACCCAGGCGACCGCCAAAACAUUCCUCAGCCUGCCUAGAGUCAAGGCCCCAGUAGUGUUCCGACUAAGCCUUACCUCUGGAUGGGGCCGUGUGACGUCUGUCUGUUUUGUUUUUGGUUUGUUUGGAUUUUUUUUGUCUCAUUGUUGGUCUAAUACAGUGACUUUGCUAACCCAACCCCAGCUAGUCCUGUCUUGGACUUCUCUUUGUUUAUUGCUGUUAGAAACUGAGGCAGGGAAGAGCAGACUGGCCCCCUCCUGCUGCCUGAGGCCAUCUCUUCCCCCUGAGUGACCAAGCAAGCAUUCUUACUACCUCCCCCUUGCUAUUCUUGUUGCCUUUUUGUAAAAAUAAAAUUGAAAUACAGAAA